UUGGAACACACAGAAAAAGCUUGAGUCGGUUACCUGUGGCAAUCUCCAAAGGCAUCUUCGAUUUGAGAGAAUAAUUCCAUACUCCCAGAAGGAAUCUUCGAAUUAGCUUCCACUUUUCAGGUUUGCUCUAUCCUCAAGCACAGGAAAGUUCCAACUGGUCACCGAAGUUUGUUUGUUUGGCUAAUUUCAUUGGGAAAAUCCAGGACCGAAUUUUACGAGGAAGACUGAGAACAUGGUGAAUCUGAGCUCCGAAUUCGACGAAAUGGGUUCCUUCUCCUUCACCGAUUUUCCGGAAGAUGUCCAGUUAUGCAUCCUCUCCUUCCUCUCCCCCUCCGAUAUUGCGACUUUCUCCUGCACAUCGAAGAGAUUCGUCUCUCUCUGCAGAAAUGAUCGGAAACUGUGGUUUACUAUGUGCGAUCGCAGAUGGGGUUCCAAGACUCAGAUCAAGAACUGGGGAAAAGGAAACAUCGCCUACAGGUUACUCUAUAAAACUCUUCAUCAGUGGGAGAAUUUGAUCGGUUUUUGGCGUCGGAGUGGCCCGUCGACGAUCGGCGUCUCAUCCCCGCCGUUGGUGUUCUUCGAAUGGGGCCCAGAUUUUCUCGCUGGCUCUAGGGUUUCUCCGUCGAAGAACGGAACUUACAGCGUGAUUAAAUCUCCCUUCUUAUGGAUGGGCCUCUCUCCAGAAGGUCAGGUUAUGAAUUUUAUCGACCCCGAUGGCCGUUCUGAGUUCUCGGGGAAAUUCGCGGAUUGGGGAGAAUCCGAUUGCGAUCUGGUUCCUAUCGAUGUGAGCUUCAUGGGGAAAAAUCAUUUUGUUAUCGAGGAAAACCUAACAUUCGCAUAUCCGAAUUCCCCAGAACAAGGGAAAAAGGGAUUCCGCCGGAGUUCAAGCUCCGCCAAUUUGCGGGCGGAGGACGCUGUGGCCGCCACAACCGACGUGAACGGAGUGGAGAUUGGCUCUCCGGGAAGCUUACCGGACCGGUUGAUGUCAGAAAUUUAUCAGCAUUUUGCGAAUAGAACCAGUCCGGGAGGGGAUAGAGCCUCAAGGAGGCAGAGGAGGAGGGAGAAGGAAAGGCUAGGAAAGAGGAAGUGGGAACCAGAGCAUUUCGUUAAAAUUGUCAAUUGCUCGCCCACACCAUCGCGGCCAUUACAGGGCUUGUGGAAGGGAAUUAGUGAUGAUAUGAGCAUGGAUUUCUACCUUGUUGUAUAUGAUGAUAUUGGUGGCAUUGCCUGUCGGAGAGUUGGGGACUCGUCCGAACAAGUCUCUAGUUAUGCUCCCGUGUUUUGGACAUCAAAUCCUACAUUCUUGGAGUCUCCAUUCUCCCUGGUGGAAGAAUAUUUGCACGACUGUCGAAUACAUGUUCGGCCACUAGCAGCCAAUGACAUUGAUGAGCUAGUUCCUUCAAUUGAAAACAAAACAAUUUCCCGCAUUCUUUGUGUCAACUCCAGCUAUGAUCUAGUCCUACCAGACCUGGCUGGAAGUACUCCAAAUCCUCGGAAUGUGGAGGGGAGAAUUUGGGAGUACAGUAAUGGCACUUUCGGGUUUGGUUUCCUUAGGGAUAAUUUUAUUAUAGACCUGAAGCACAUAGCUCAAAAUGGUUCGAUUCUGGAUACCGUGGAAUAAUGUAUUCAUUGAUUCUUCUUCUCUUAGCUAACAUUGUUGUGAUCUGAUGAAUUCUUUGGCCAAGAAUAAUCUUUGUACAAUGUACAGAUUGAUUAUGGAUUGUUCAUAUGCCAGAAGUCGACAAAUACAAUGUUCUUUGUUUCUCUUUCA